AUGAGUUCUGGUGGGUAUGCCGUAGAAGUCACGGGCUUGUCUCCCAAAGCAACAGAGAAAGAUGUCCAUGACUUCUUCGCUUUCUCUGGUUCCAUCGACCAUGUCGAAAUCGUCAGAUCCGGUGAAUGUGCAUGUACUGCCUAUGUGACCUUCAAAGAUUCGUAUUCUCAGGAGACUGCUUGCUUGCUCAGUGGUGCCACAAUUAUUGAUCAAGCUGUUUGCAUAACCCGCUGGGGGCACUAUCAAGAUGAAUUUGAUUUUUGGAACAGGCCUAGGCAUGAAGAGGAAACUGAUUCAUCCCCUCCACAAGGAAGCCAGAAUGUUCCUAGUGCUGGAGAAGUAGUGACUAUGGCUCAGGAAGUAGUCAAGACCAUGCUGUCCAAGGGAUUUGUGCUGGGAAAGGAUGCAUUGGCCCAGGCGAAAUCAAUGGACGAGUCUCACCAAGUUUCGGCAACUGCAGCAGCUAGGGUGACUGAACUGAGUCAGAGAAUUGGCCUCGCUGAUAAGAUUUGUGCAGGGGUUGGAGCUGUUAAAUCCGUGGAUGAGAGGUAUCAUGUAUCAGAGAUCACCAAAUUGGCCAUGUCGGAGACAGGAAGAAAAGCAGCAGAAGCUGCAACUGCAGUGGUGAAUAGCAGCUACUUUUCUACGGGAGCUCUUUGGGUGUCAGAUGCUCUAAGCCGAGCAGCUAAAGCUGCUGCUGAUUUGGGCACUCAGAAUGUUAGGCAGUGA